CGCCCAUAUCAUCUCAUUCCUCUCUUCCCAGUUUUUUACACCAAACAAAAACAACACACAUAAACAUGAAAACAUCAACAACAUAUAGCAAAAACAACCUCAAAGCCUGUCUCUUUUAGACAAAACAGAGAGAGAAAAUCUCUUGAGGGAUCCAUACCCGGUUUGAAUGGCGAGCGGGUGGGUCAAGUCGUUGCACUGCAAAUCGAAAGCUUUCGAGGACGUGUAUCACCGGAACCCGAAAAAUCUCUUACCCAGUUCGAGUUGCAGAAAGAGCUCUCAGAGCAUCAAGGACGUGGUUGACGCCACAAAGCAUAGGCCGAGGAAGUCCAAGUCCACGUCACCCAAGCCAGAACCCGGUACUAAAUGUCCACGUCCGGUCAAAUCCGAACCGGUUUCAGUCCCUACAAACCGUUCUACCCGUGCUCCUGACCCGUUCUUUCCUGCACUGUCGGAGCUACCCGAGGGUCACCCUUCACGCAAUGUGGUGGAUAUUAUCUUCCACACGAGCUGGAGUCCGAAAGCGUUCACGGGUCGGAUCGAGAUGAUAUUCAAGGUCCAAAACGGGUCGAGAACGGUGACCCGGUUCGAAGAGUAUCGCGAGAUGGUCAAGUGUCGUGCCGGGUCGGGUGGUCCGACUGAUGGGUCCACAUGGGAGGAGAACGCGCGGUGCGUCGCGGAUGGGAACGAGGUUAUGAGGUUUCAUUGCAUGGGGCCCACGUCUGGAAACGGCACGUACGACGCGCGUGGAGGUGGCGCGUGGGCUUUUCCGGGGGCCAAAGGCUCGGCCAUUUGCACGUUUUCCGGGAGCGGUGUGGCCCACGAGAGUGCCGGAGGUGGACGUGGCAGAAGGGCCAUGUUGGUCUGCCGGGUCAUAGCGGGUAGGGUCUCAAAGCAACUCCGGGUCGACUCGUUGUUGGAUGGUCGGGUCGGAUUCGAGUCGGUAGGUGGGGACAAUGGGGAGCUGCUUGUCUUUGACUCUCGUGCGGUGUUGCCUUGCUUUCUUAUCAUCUAUAAGCUGUAAAAAUACUAGGAAUAUUAUUAUCCUUUCAUAUAUUUUUUUUCUCUAAUUUUUUUUUUAUUAUUAAGUUUUGUUUUUUUGGGUGCGGGUUGAUGAUUUGAUGACCCUUUUUACCUUCUUUUUAUUCGGUUAUUUGCAUUUAUCAACACAAUUUUUUGUUGUUCUUUUUUUGAUUGGCUGAUGCUUUUGUGUAAUUAUGGAAAAUUGGGUUGAUAAAUGCUAAUUAACCAUUUUACCGUU